UAUUUUACAGGUUAAGCAGAAGACUCUUUUAUAUCUAGCAUGGAAACAACUUUAUCAGAAAAAACUAGUACUUUAUGCUCUAUUUACAACUUAAUAAACUCUAAUUUGUCAAUUAUUUAUAUUUUAUGGGGUAUAUUAUAUGGGUAUAUAAUUCGAAAUUUUUUUAUGAUUAUGGACAACGGUAAAGUAAAUGAAUGGACAACAUUUCAGAAUAUAUCUAUUAGAAAUUCAAAGGCUGCAUGGAAAAGCUAUUUGAGAUGGAAGGAUGGUGAAUUCAGCGCAAUCAUUCCACUCAUCAAAAAUAUAUUGCUAUAUAUAUUGGUUCCCAGUAUAAUUCUUUUUUCUAUUGAAUUUAGCUUGCCUGUAUUUUUCACUGCACUAUUUAGAUCAAAUUUGCAGCUACAAGUGAUAUUUAGCAAUUAUGUGACACUGGGCGUGUGGUGCGCUGCUCUUAUGGGCCUAUUGCUCCCAUCAACCACAUAUAUAUACAAUAAAUUAGAUGCAUGGUGGGGCAAGCCUACUGAUCUAAGCACUCGUAUCAAGAAGGAGCUCAGUAUUAUGUUAUUUUAUAUGUCGAUUCCUCUAGUAUUUUUUACUAAAGGAAUGUUGAUUUUUCUGAGCUAUAAACUUUCUAUUAUUGGAGGAUACGCGCAUUAUUGGUUUAUAUUUAAAACUAUAGCAGGGGCAAUUUUAUUUGGAUUCUUAGGAUUGGAGGCAGUCAGCAUAUUCAAGUCCAGAGAAAACUUUAAACACUUGCCAAAAGAGAAAGAUCUAAACUCAUGGGGUGACUACAUAAUCAAUUAUCUGUACUGCAUAGUUAUUAUGUUAAUGGCCUCUACUGCAGCUAUUCAACUGAUGUAUUUUUUAUGCGCAAAUGUUAUAGAAUUAUUACAUGUGUAAUAUGCUCGAAAAUUCUCUUUAUGGCAGUUGGGCAUUAAAAGCAAUAGCUAUCACACAUAAUGAAAAUAGAUCAGUGCAUUAGUUUAACAUUUAAAUAAAGA